CUGCGACGGUUCCGUGUUAGGCCUGGCCAUGAUUGAGAAGGCCCAGCCGGCGGUCGCCCCCGCCUCCAUCCUGCGCCACAAGGAGAAGCUGCAGCGGGAGGUGGAGGAGCUGCUGGGGACGGACGGGGUCCUGCUGUACCCCACCCACCCCAACGUGGCCCCCAAGCACCACCACCCGCUCUUCAGGCCCUUCGACUUCGCCUACACCGGCAUCAUCAACAUCCUGGGGCUGCCAGUGACCCAGGUCCCCCUGGGGCUGAGCCGGGAGGGCCUCCCCAUGGGGGUACAGCUGAUCGCGGGGAAGCUGCAGGACCGCCUCCCCCUGGCCCUGGCUCUCCACCUGGAGAAGGCUUUCGGUGGUUGGAGGGACCCGGGGGCCAAAUGAAGACCGCACCGCUACCAGCAACACACAAAUGUCUGGACGCACACAGUUGGAACUAGGUGUGUGUGUGUGUGUGUGUGUGUGUGUGUGUGUGUGUGUGUGUGUGUGUGUGUGUGUGUGUGUGUGUGUGUGUGUGUGUGUGUGUGUGUGUGUGUGUGUGUGUGUGUGUGUGUGUGUGUGUGGUUCCCUGCGAUGCUCUCUCAGGGUCGCACAGUUGGAUUUUAGAUGGGAAUGUAACUCACACGCCGUAGUGUAAACGUUGUACACUGAAUAAAUCAAUCAGCACUAUGAAUGUCAACACGGAUAUAAGUCUGAUUUGCACUCAGAUGCAAGCACGUGUUGGGUGAGAAAAGAGAGCAACCCAAAUUAGAAAAAGAAAUCCAAUGCUCUCAGAAAUGAAGGGUUGAAUAAAUGCAUUCUUUGGAA